UUGACGUGAGUCAGAACUGAUCUAGACGGCAGAUACACAAAAAUGUAAUUAUUGCAUAGAGCUGAAUCAACAAUGGCUUUUUUUGAGUGGAGGAAAUUCAAUUUCUUUGAGCUGAAAAGGGGAGUGGAUGAUGGAAAAUUGAAUAAACUCUUCAAAGAUGCUCCGAUUGCUGUUACAACGAGUGGCAACAACCAUUUGGUGGUUGGAGAUGCCACCGGUCAGAUUCAUCUCAUCUCCAGGUCUUGGCAGGUGACCAGUUUUCGGGCCUACGAAUUAACCUUGCAGUUUGCACAGCAGCUGAGGAAUUCACCCUUGCUGAUUACGAUUGGUGAGGAUGAGCAAGGGGUGAAUCCGUUGAUAAAGGUUUGGGAUACUGGAAGACCGGAUAAAUCUGGGUCCCCAUACUGCACUCGGAUAACGAGGGCCAUCCCGAACAAUAGGGCGGUGCAGGUGAGCGCGCUGUGCGUUCACGAUAAUAUGCAGAUGAUGGCUGUGGGAUUCGUCGACGGUUCGUUGAUUUUAUAUAGGGGUGAUAUUUCCAGGGACAGAGGCUCCAGGCAGAAGAUAUUGCGUGAGGCAAGUUCGACGGUCACCGGUUUAGCUUUCAAGACGACGGCGAACGCUGUUUACCUCUUCGUCAGCACCGAAAACUCGAUUUACGUUUAUAACGUUACAUAUAAAGAUAAAGAAAUCAUGUCCACGUUGGAUAAUAUUGGGUGCAGAAGGAAUUGCAGCGUGAUUACGGAAUCCGUGCAGGAGACGCAAUUCAUGGUGGCUCGCGACGAUGCAAUCUAUUGUUACAAUUCGGAUGGGAGGGGGCCCUGUUACGCGGCGGAUGGGGAAAAGGUGUUGCUUCAGUGGUUCAGGAGUUAUCUGAUAUUCGUCUCCAAAACGACGUGGUUGACGCCCACGCAAGCGGCGGCGGCCAAUCAGAGGGGGCAUCUACUGACAGUCCUCGAUAUUCAGAACAAGUUCAUAGUGUUUUCCGCCCCAUUGGAUGAAAUCGUCGCCGUUAUCAACGAAUGGGGCGGCUUCUACAUCAUCGAUUGUAAGAACACCAUCUACCAUCUGAACGAGAAAGAUUUGGGCUCUAAAUUGUCUCUGCUUUUUAAAAAGAAUGUGUACGAUAUCGCGAUUCGCAUCGCUAAAUCUCAGCAGUACGACUCUGAUGGUUUGGUGGAGAUAUUCAGGCAGUACGGUGACCAUUUGUACGGUAAAGGAGAUCCGUCUGGAGCUAUUGAACAGUACGUGAAGACAAUUGGGAAAUUGGAGCCGAGCUACGUGAUUCGCAAAUUCAUGGACUCGAAGCACAUCGAUAAUCUGACCGCUUACUUGCAGGCUCUGCACAAGCAGGGUCAAGCCACCGAGGAUCACACGACUCUCCUGCUGAACUGCUUCACGAAACUAAAUAAGACUUCCAACUUGAAGGAGUUCAUCCUGCAGAAGGACAGCGAAGUCAAUUUCGACGUGGACAUAGCUAUCAAGGUGUGCAGAACUGGAAGCCCCGAGGAGGCGUUGAUGCUCUCGAAGAGGCACAAGAAACACGACUGGUACAUAAAAUUGCUGUUGGAGGAUCACAUGAAAUACACCGAAGUUAUCGAAUAUCUGAGCAGCUUGGAAACGAAUCAGGCCGAGAUGUACUUGAAGAAGUACGGGCAAAUCCUUAUACAAAACGCACCGCACGAAGCCACGCAAUUCCUGAAGAACUUUUGCACAGUUAAUUCAACAGAUUCCGACCCGGAGGAUUACAUCCACCUCUUCCUGAACAACUCCUCUCGUCUGGUGGAGUUUCUGGAUUACCUGAUAGAAGCAGGCUGCAUCCUAACGUCGCCCGUUUACGAUACACUGCUCGAGCACUAUCUGCACGUCUGGGAAUCUCUUCCGGAUGGCGCGGAGAAGAAUCGUUACGCGCAGAAGACUUUGAACUUGCUGCAUAAUCCUGAUGUCAAGUACGACAAACCGCAGGCGCUCGUCGUAUGCCACAUGCACGGUUUCAGCGAGGGAAUUCUGCAUUUGUACGAAGAACAGAAACUCUACCAGCAGAUUUUGAGAUACCACAUGUCCAGGAGUAAGGAGCAAUUUGAUGCUAACGCAGUUUUGGCUUGCUGUCGAAGAUUCGGUCAUCAGGAGCCGACGCUCUGGGUGCAAGCACUGUGGACCUGCAUCCGCGACGAAGAACACGAGUACAGCGAUCUAUUACCAGAGAUAUUAAACGUGAUCGCUAAGGAACGGCUGUUAUCGCCGCAGUUGGUUAUCGAAGCCAUCGGUUCGGCAAAUGCGGAAAUAAAGUUGUCCCAGGUGCGCGAGUACAUAAUAAAAGAGCUGAAGCGCGAGAACGAGAUCGCCAACAGCGACAAAGAGCUGACGAACAAAUACAGAAAAGACACGGAAACGUUGAGGAACAAAGUGGAGGAGCUCAAGUAUAAUCCGAUCCUGAUUCAGGGCUCGCGCUGCGCUGCCUGCAAUCACACGCUGGAGUUGCCCAGUCUGCAUUUCCUCUGCCAGCACAGCUACCAUCAGCACUGCUUCCAGAGCUACUCGGAAAACGAGAACGAAUGUUUGGCCUGUCAGCCGGAUAACAAGAAGCUGAUGGAACUGCUGAAAUCGCGUGAUCAAAACAAGGACAUUCACGAGACAUUCCAUUCGCAAUUGGAUAAGGCCAGCGACGGAUUCACGCUAGCCGCGGAGUACUUCGGGCGCGGCGUCUUCAACACUGUUAAAGUGAUUACCGAUGAGCGGAAACCGAUCGAGAAGCCUGCGGCGAUGCCGCAACAGAAGCAGCCCGAGAAGGUCACGGAGGCGAGGAUACGGCAGGAGGAGAACAAGCGCAGUCUUCCGGCUAUCAUUCCCAAGAGCGAAGGAAGGAUUCGGAUGCAGGAGAAUAAAUUUAGCUCGUCUUUGGAGGCGAACAUAACUAUGCCGAAGAGGCCGGAGCCGAAGAAGAUCGAAAUCGCCGCGCCUGCCGUCGAUUUGAAUCCGUUCGGCGACGAUAUCGACGACGAGGAUGAAUACGACAAGGAGAAGAAUCCGUUCUUCGGCGAGGCGGACGAUCAUUGCGACAAGAAUCUUAAUCCGUUUGAAGUUUGAUGCAUCCCCCACUGUCCACAAUUCAUAUACGCUGUGUUAAUAUAAUAAAUCGCUAGCUGUUAACGUGACCAGCUCGAAUUUCACACCA